AACAUUAGCUCUCCACCUACGCCAGCCAGCCUUCAUCUGCUCAUCAACACCCGUGCUCACCUGCGUUCCAGCGAUCGGCGGAAGGACGAAGGACUUCACCCGAUGCGUUUGGCGGCCCGGAGACGUAGGAAGUCAAGGAACUUGGUUCAGCGUAGGCCGAUUCCCAGCCAGCGCCCCAGUGCCUAUGUGACUUCUUCUAAAGAAAUCAGUCCCACAGACUUUCACAGAAAGUAUUCAACCACUCAGUGUUGUUGUGAUGUGUCAUGUUGCAUUAAUAUGAGUGACACAGUCAAUAGUCGAGGGCUGUCAAGAUAGCAUAUAAAAGGAUGGCUCCAGGUUGUUCUGAGCAUCAAGCAUCACCACUGCAAAGAUGGCAUUUUCUCUCAGUGUAUUCUUCCUCCUUUGUGGGAUCAGUGGAGUGUUGACCGCAAGUUGGCCUCCGUCUAACCUUUAUGAUUAUGCUGGCUGCUGUCCUAAGGGCUGGACUCAGUAUAACGACCACUGUUACAGCCUCAAACAGCCCAAGACGUUCGAAUUUGCAGAGCUUGUAUGCAGCACUCUUGGUGGCCAUCUGGUCUCUAUUCACAGUUACCUGGAAAAUCAGGUGGUUCGUGGACUGCUUGCAGAAGCGGAUGCAAAGUUUGCCUGGAUUGGACUCCACGAUCCUGCUGGGGAUGGAGACUAUAAAUGGACUGACGGCACAAACGUUGAUUUUCUCAAGUUUGCCAAGCGACAGCCGGAUCAUAAUGGUGCCUGUGCGGGCAUUUAUGCAGCUGGUUCAUGGUUUGUUCAUGACUGCAACACCAAGGAGCCAUACGUUUGCAUCAGAGAUGCACAGUGCUGUGGCAUCCACUAAUCAGCCCUCAUAUCUUCUAUAACCAUGUCUUUCCUUACUGACAAUGACAAUGUGAAAUUUUAGUGGGGUCUCUACAUCUCUGGGUUUACUUAUCAAGUCUUUGUUUCCUCCUCUUUCACAAACCUCAAAGAUCAUCUCUAAAUAAAAGAACA